CAUCACAAUUCUUCAAAAUCUCACUCAAGCGAUCGACCAUUGGUUUGGCACCAGAGUUCAAAGCAGCUGCUAAAACCCUGGGUUUGCACAGAUCCCACCAAACUGUCUAUCGUCCUGCCAAUUCAACCAAUGCCGGUCUCAUUCUCAAGCUUAAGGAACUCGUCAAAACCAAAUCGCCAGCAAGCAAGGAGCAUUCCUCAAGUUUUAGAUAGCCCAUACCUACCAUUGUAAUAGACGGCGUACGCCAGACCCACCUUCGCAAUAGCUUCCACGUCGAGGCUUCUUCCAUGUACAUUAUGUAUCUUUUAAAAUCCAAAUGCAACAAAAAUGUCUCUUUUUUUAAAAAUAAAAAAAAAAGCAUAAAGAAAAACAAAGAA